AUGGCCGACGUCCCUGCAAGAUCGGCUAUCCAGCAGCUGCCGCAUGAGCUCGUCCACCACAUCCUCACCCUGUCUCCGGAUCCCGCCUCGCUCAGCUCCCUGUCGCGAUCCUGCUCCGCCUUUUACGCCGCCUUCGCUACCAGGCCGGCCAAGAUCAUAGCCGCUGUCUUGUCGCUCACCAUCCAUCCCUCGGUCCAACGCGACGCCUACAUCGCUGUGGCAGCCUCCCGCCUUUGCCCCGACGACCCCGCCGGUUUCGACCAGUUCCUGGACGAGACGCUCUACCCGAAGCCAGCCCCUGUGCCCUGGACCCUGCGAGAUGCUGUCGAUGCCGUGCGCUUCCACAGCCACGUGCAAUACCUCGCGGAGGCCCUCUCGCGGCAGAUUCUACAGGCAGAACCCUUCACAGCGCCAACAUACGGCGGCAACGACAAUGACGGCGACUCUGCAUCCCCGGCCUCCCCACCACCGCCACCAGCCACGACGUCGGAGAUCAAUCGUUUCCAGCGCGCGCUGUAUCGCUUGCAGACGUUCUGCGAGCUGCUCAAUCGCGAAAGCAGCUAUGAAGAGGUCUGCAAAGUCAAGGGCUUCGCGACAAGCCCGGACGUGUGGCUGGCCUGCUACGCCGAAUUCGCUACUUACGAGAUUGAGCAGCUCAGCUGUCUGAAUGAUCUGCUCAUGGCGCUCGUCGCCCAAAUACUCCACGAUGUUACCUGGGGCCAUCUCGGCGUGCGCCUCAUCACCUCGGCGAGCUCCAGGCUAGGCCAGGAAGUCAUGAGCCGGGGGCUGGAGACGCUUCAUGCACUCUACGAGGCGACGUCUUAUGACGAUUCUCGGGAGAUUCUGCAUCUCGGGGAGACCCGGUACGAUCGGCCUGUUGAACGGAGGAAUUUUCUGAUUGACAGGUUCGACGACCUGGACGGCCGCCAGUAUCUCGGCCACAUUGGGGUGUUUGACGAUCUGCCACCCGAGGUGAAGACGAAGCUGAUCCGUAAGCCGUUCUAUCCCGAUCCAGACCCGGGACCUGGGCGAGUUUGGGAGAGGGUGCAUCUAAGCGAGGGAAUCCCCAUCGGGCUCGUCGCAGUGCACCAGUUCCGGCACUACCGUCGGUGGGGAUAUGUCUUUUGGGACGAGGAGAGGCUCGAGAAGCUGGGGGCAUUCGAUGAGAGGUGGGAUGAUGUUGCGUCGUCGCCCGCAGCGCCUGAGGAUCCGUUCCUGGUGUAUUGGGAGAUUCACCCGGAGGAAAUGGCCGCCUCACAAAUGCUGCGUAGUAAGAUCUGGGCUCGUGGGGGGAGAGGGUACUGGGAUCACGAUGAUGAGAGUCAGAUUGUUUUUCCUGCGCGCGAUCCGUAG